AUGACAGAAGCCCUGCCGAUUCGCUUCCAGGAGCACGUCCAGCUUCAAAACCUGGGCAUCAAUGCUGCCAGUAUUGGCUUCAACACUCUUACACUCGAAUCCGACAGGUUUAUCUGUAUCCGUGAGACAACGGGCGAGCAGAAUCUGGUCGUCAUCGUCGACCUCACAGAUCCUACUAAUGUGAUCCGUCGACCCAUCACAGCCGAUUCGGCCAUUAUGAACCCUGCUAGCAAAGUUAUCGCUCUCAAAUCCGGAAGACAGCUUCAGAUUUUCAACUUGGAGAUGAAGAGCAAAGUAAAGUCGCACUUGAUGCACGAGGAUGUCGAGUACUGGAAGUGGAUCUCACCCAAGGCACUCGCGCUCGUUACAGGAACUUCGGUUUAUCACUGGUCCAUGGAGGGCGAUUCACAACCAGUCAAGCUCUUUGAUCGCCAUGCCAGCUUGAGCGGGAAUCAGAUCAUCAACUACCGCGUCAACUCGGAUGAAAAGUGGAUGCUUCUCGUCGGUAUUUCGUCGCAGGGCGGCCGCGUUGUUGGAGCAAUGCAACUUUAUUCGAAAGACCGCGGGGUCAGCCAGCCAAUCGAGGGUCACGCUGCAGCAUUCGCCGAGUUAAAGCUAGACGGAGGCAACUCGCCAACAAAGCUGUUUGCUUUCGCUGUUCGCUCUGCCACGGGCGCCAAGCUGCAUGUCGUUGAAGUCGACCACAAGGAUGGAAAUCCAGCAUACCCCAAGAAGGCAGUCGACGUAUACUUCCCCCCAGAGGCAAGUGGCGACUUCCCAGUGGCCAUGCAGAUCAGCCAGAAAUACGGCAUCAUUUUCCUCGUCACGAAGUUCGGAUUCAUUCACCUUUACGAUCUGGAGACUUGCACCUGCAUCUACAUGAACCGCAUUAGUGGUGAAACUAUCUUUGUCACAGCAGAGCACGAGGCAACGAACGGAGUCAUUGGUGUGAACCGCAAGGGUCAGGUUCUGUCUGUAAGCGUGGACGAGAACAAUCUUGUGCCUUACAUCGUCCAGACUCUUGGAAACGCGGAGCUGGCCCUUAAGAUUGCUUCCCGCAGUGGUCUGCCUGGCGCCGACGAUCUGUACAUGCAACGCUUCCAACAGCUCUUCCAAUCAGGCGACUAUGGCCAAGCUACCAAGAUGGCCGCAACCUCACCAAGGGGUAUCCUUCGCACACCUCAAACUAUCGAGCGCUUCAAACACCUCACCGUGGCUGCUGGACAGGUGCCUCCAAUCCUGCAAUACUUUGGAAUUCUCUUGGAGAAGGGCGAACUUAACAAGCACGAGUCACUGGAGCUCGCCAAGCCCGUUCUUGCUCAGGGCCGUAAGCAGUUGCUGGAGAAAUGGCUCAAGGAAGACAAACUAGAAUGCAGCGAGGAGCUCGGCGAUAUUGUCAAGCAGCACGAUCUCAACCUUGCACUUUCGGUCUACCUCCGCGCUAAUGUCCCUAACAAGGUCAUUGCCUGCUUUGCGGAGACGAAGCAGUACCCCAAGAUCAUUUUGUACGCUAAUAAGGUUGGCUACACACCUGAUUACGCAGUUCUUCUCCAGCACGUCAUGCGCAUGGACCCCGAGAACGGCACUGAGUUUGCCACUUUGCUUGCCAACAACCAAGCCGGACCUCUAGUUGAUCUAGAGAAGAUUGUUGAUGUGUUCAUGUCCCAAAACAUGAUCCAACAGGCUACUGCCUUCCUGUUGGAAGCUCUCAAGGACAAUUCGCCACAACACGCCCACCUUCAGACCCGACUGCUCGAGAUGAAUCUCAUGCACGCCCCUCAGGUGGCCGAUGCCAUCCUUGGCAAUGAGAUGUUCACUCACUAUGACCGUGCUUCGAUCGCCACCAUGUGCGAGAAGGCUGGACUUUAUCAGAGGGCUUUGGAGCACUACACCGAGAAUGCAGAUAUCAAGCGCGUCUUGGUCCAUACCCACUUACUCUCCCCCGACUUUGUUGUUGCCUACUUUGGCCGACUCUCUGUCGAGCAGUCUAUUGAGUUCUUGCGUGAGAUGCUGAACGUGAACAUGCGACAGAACUUGCAGAUUGUCGUCCAAGUCGCCACCAAGUACUCAGACCAGCUGGGGGCUUCCAACCUCAUUGGGUUGUUCGAGUCCUUCAAGACGUUCGAGGGUCUGUAUCACUACUUGGGCGCGAUCGUCAAUAUAAGCCAGGAUCCCGAGGUCAUCUACAAGUACAUCGAGGCGGGCUGCAAAACUGGUCAGAUGAAGGAGGUUGAGCGCAUCUGUCGUGAAAGCAACUACUACAACCCUGAGAAGGUCAAGAACUUCCUCAAGGACGCCAAGUUGUCGGACCAGCUGCCUUUGAUCAUUGUCUGCGACCGCUUUGACUUUGUGCAUGACUUGGUCCUUUACCUUUACCAGAACAACCUGUCCAAGUACAUUGAGACCUAUGUUCAGAAGGUCAACCCAUCAAGGACACCUGUGGUCAUCGGAGGUCUCUUGGAUGUCGGUUGUGACGAGAAUGUGAUUAAGAACUUGCUGCUGUCUGUGCGUAGCGACAUGCCUGUUGCUGAGUUGGUGGACCAGACUGAGAAGCGCAACCGUCUGAAACUCAUCCUUCCGUGGCUUGAGGUCAAGGUCAACGAGGGCAGCCAGGAUCCUGAGGUCUACAACGCCAUUGCCAAGAUUUACAUCGACAGCAACAACAACCCCGAGCCCUUCCUCAAGAACAACGCUUUCUAUGACUCCAGAACCAUCGGAAAGUACUGCGAGAAGCGUGAUCCCUACCUUGCCUUUAUCGCCUACGAGAGAGGACAGUGCGAUAUCGAGUUGAUUGACAUCACAAACAACAACUCGAUGUUUAAGCACCAGGCCCGUUAUCUUGUUAAGCGUCGCGAUGCUGGACUGUGGGCCCAUGUUUUGAGCAACGAUAACCCCAGCAGACGUGCCCUGAUCGACCAAAUCGUUGCUACUGCUCUUCCCGAGACUCAGGACCCCGAAGAUGUCUCGAUCACAGUUAAGGCGUUCAUGGCGGCAUACCUCCCCAACGAGCUGAUCGAAUUGCUGGAGAAGGUUGUGCUCGAGGGCUCUGCUUUCAGCGACAACCGCAACCUUCAGAACCUCUUGAUCCUGACCGCCAUUCAGGCGGAAAAGACGAAGGUCAUGGGAUACAUUAAUCGUCUCGAGAACUUUGAUGCAGCCGAUAUUGCUGAGCACGCUAUCCGCGGCGGGCUUUAUGAGGAGGCCUUUGUUAUCUACAAGAAACAUGAUGCUCAUGCCAGCGCCAUCAACGUUUUGAUCGAGCACAUUGGCAGUAUUGAUCGCGCCUACGAAUAUGCCGAGAAGACCGAUACCCCUGAAGUCUGGAGCCGUCUCGGUAAAGCUCAGUUGGAUGGCAUGCGCAUCAAGGAGGCCAUCGACUCUUAUAUCCGUGCCAACGAUCCUGCCAAUCAUGUCGAGGUUAUUCAGUUUGCAUCCCGUGCCGAUAAGUACGAAGAUCUGGUCCGAUACCUCCAGAUGGCUCGCAAGCAUUCCCGCGAACCCUACAUCGAGAGUGAGCUCUUAUUUGCCUAUGCCAAGACAGGUCGCAUUGCUGACAUGGAGGAGCUCCUCAACGGCCCCAACGCCGCUCAAGUCCAGGCCAUUGGUGAUCGCUGUUACGAGGAGAAGAUGUACGAGGCCGCGAAGAUCCUGUAUUCGAACAUCUCGAACUGGGCUCGUCUUUCUACUACAUUGGUUCAUUUGGGAGAGUACCAGGCCGCGGUUGAUGGUGCCCGCAAAGCCAACAGCACCAAGGUCUGGAAGGAUGUCAAUGCCGCCUGUAUCGAGCGUAAGGAGUUCCGCCUGGCCCAGGUCUGCGGUCUGUCCCUGGUUGUUCAUCCCGAGGAGCUGGAGGAUUUAAUCCGCCUGUACGAGCAUCAGGGGUACUUUGACGAAUUGAUGGCGUUGCUUGAGGCCGGUCUGGGCUUGGAGCGCGCGCAUAUGGGCAUGUUUACCGAGCUGGCCAUUCUCUAUGCUCGCUACCGUCCCGAACGUAUGAUGGAGCAUCUCAAGAUCUUCUGGUCGCGUAUCAAUAUUCCCAAGGUCAUUACGGCUUGCGAGCAAGCUCACCUUUGGACGGAACUCGUCUUCUUGUAUGUCCAUUAUGACGAGUAUGAUAACGCCGCCAUCACAAUGAUGAAGCAUUCCCCGGAUGCCUGGGAGCAUGGUGCAUUCAAGGAGGUCAUUGUCAAGGUCUCGAACCUGGAGAUUUAUUACAAGGCCCUUCGUUUUUACCUGGAUGAGCAGCCCAUGCUCUUGAACGAUCUCCUGGCUGUUCUUGUGCCCAGAAUCGACCACAACCGUGUUAUUCAGAUGUUCCAAAAGUCUGAUAACAUGCCUUUGAUCAAGGGCUAUUUGGUUUCGGUCCAGUCGGUCAACAACCUCGCAGUCAACGGUGCCUACCACGAUCUUUUGAUUGAAGAGGAGGAUUACGAGCGCCUUCGCAAGUCGGUCGAUACAAACACCAACUUUGACAACAUCGCGCUUGCCAACCGGUUGGAGGGCCAUGAGUUGUUGGAAUUCAGGAGGAUUGCAGCUCAUCUGUUCAAGCGCAAUAAGAAGUGGCGCCAGUCGAUGACGCUUUCGAAGCAGGAUCGUCUUUACAAGGAUGCCAUGGAGACCGCUGCCGAUUCGAGGGAUACUGCAGUGGCAGAAGAAUUAUUGCAAUACUUUGUGGAAAGCGGGAAUAAGGAGUGCUUCGCUGCAUGUCUUUAUAUCUGCUACGACCUUGUCCGCCCCGACGUGGUCUUGGAGCUCGCAUGGAGACAUGGACUGACGGACUUUGCGAUGCCCUACAUGGUGCAAUUCAUGCGCGAGUACGUGACCAAGGUUGACAAGCUGGAGAAGGCCCAUGAGGAGAGGGUCGCUAAGGAAAGCAAGGAGCGGGGCUCGGACAUGACGCCGAUUCUGGGACCUGGCGGGCUGGGUAACAGCAGGAUGAUCACGGCAGGACCAGGGAUGAUUGUGCCUCAGCAGACAGGCAUGAUCCCACCACAGCAGACAGGCAUGAGCAUGGGCAUGGGUGGAUACGGGUUCUAG